AUGACUAUAAGACCCCACCCCGGCGCCCACACCGCCACACCCGACCUCACACCCGAUCACACCGCCGAUGAGAAAACCAGCGCAGCACCGGCGAUAUCGUACCAUUGCGGGAGCAGCAGUGCCGACGGUGACGGCGAUGCCCCGAGCGCCUGGUCGUCCAGCCUCGGCAAUUCGGAGACGAUGGAGCUGUGCUGCGCGGACGGCUAUCUGCCGCUCGGCCCCGGCGCGACGGCGGAGGAGCUCCGAACCCACAUCGGCGGCCACCACAACAUCGUCGGCCGCCACAACUUCUGGAGAGCCAAGGUCUUCGACGACGUUAUCGCCGCCUUCCGGGUGGCCGAGGCCGGCGUCACCCCCGACCCCACUGGCACGAGCGUACGCCUUUGCGCCCCGGCACUAGCGCAUGGCCCGGCCUGGCGGGAGCGUCGUCGUGGAUCUGUCCACUGUCGGUGUCAAAACCGGCAGAUCUCGGGUAGGGGGCCCAAACUGUGCGUCUAA